CUUCCGUCUCGUUCACAUUGGGUGUGGUUCCGAUGACAACAUCCACCUCGUCGACGUUGAUAGCGGCGUGCGUGCUGAGGAAUUGAUGGCAGUACAUCACUCUCAGUUACCGCUGGACGGCAGAGACCGGAAGAACAAGCCUCACAACGCUAAACAAGCGUGAUUUCUACCGGUCCAUCCCGACUGACGCCUGGCCCAAGGUGUACCAAGAUGCUGUUUUCAUCGCGCGCUAGCUGGGUGUUCGCUAUUUGUGGAUCGAUUCUCUCUGCAUUAUGCAGGAUCAUAAAGAGGACUGGACCACCCAGGCAGCUCUGAUGGACAAGAUAUACAGUCGCGGGCUGCUGAAUCUUGCUGCCAUGGAAGCCGAACGGUCCCCGGGCCUCGAACUCGCCCGAAACCCACUGCGAGUGGCGCCCUGUCUGUUGGCCGCAUCGGAACCGGAACCCGUAGCCCGGAUGAAGGACUGGUUGUGUUUCAGAACCGACCACCUUGGGACCGCACUCAAUCGUGCGCCUCUGUACAAGAGGGGUUGGACCUUUCAAGAGCGCUUGCUGUCCCGCCGGACAGUCCACUUUGGGGAUCAGCUACUCUGGGAAUGCACCGCCUUCCACGCUUCCGAGGCGUUCCCUCUUGGAACCGAGCACCCGGAGAACACAGAACGUGGUAUCCCACAAGUGAAGGCGAUGCUACAGAGUCAACCAGUGACAAACACAACCCACAACGUCAAGGAGCUCCGGUCCCAGCUCCACCGGCUCUGGAGCGACAUCGUGCGAUACUACUCCCAGACAGAGCUCACACAACCCAGCGACAGGCUGAUGGCGCUCAGGGGUAUUGCCAACACCGUGGCCCGCCGGUUUCGUCUUUCCAUCGCAACCGACUACCUAGCCGGCAUGUGGAAGCCGAUUCUCGCAGAGCAACUGGUCUGGGCUGUCGAAUCGGACGGCGGAACAAGCGCCAGCGGCGAAUAUGCUCGUGGACUGGCCAGCCACUUCCCGUCGUGGUCUUGGGCUAGCUGCCCUGGAGAAGUGUCGUUUCUCACGUUCAAGGCGCCGUCACGGUGGUUUGUCCGGCUUGACCACCCCCGAGGCUACGAGGGCGGUGCGGAAUCUGCGGGGCCCGCCUCUCUCGUUCUCCGCGGUCGGCUGGUCCAGUGCGAGGCUCUAAAGGGGUCGUUUGCAUCAUAUGGCGACGAUCUGGCCGAAAGGGGGCCCUCGUUCGACACGACGGACGCUGUGUCCCGUGCCAAGUUUACGGUCAGGAUCAGACCAGACAGACUAGACUUGUGCCUAGAACCGCCAGAGGUCUACCUUUUGCCCGUCUCAGAGCCAUAUCUCUGUACCGUAUAUGGUCUUGUGCUAAUUCGUGCUGGAAGCGCAAGGGAAGGGGCCGGUCCCGCCGUGUUUCGCCGAGUUGGUGUUUUCGGCUGCCAUGGUUAUAACUUGAAGGAGCUCUUAAUGUUACCAGCAGGGUGGGAAUCCGGGUUGGCGCACGAGUGGGAAGUCUUUCUUGACACGCUGCCUCCUAUUGCGAUACUAUAGCAGUAGGGGUCAAGGCGUGACACGCUUGCAACCUGAAAUCUUACAACGGAAAUUACCCAGGUAGUCUGCCCGGAUAACCACGAGUCC